AUGGCAAGAGAUAACAUGGAAUUGUUUUCUUCGAUACUAAAACCACUUCUUCUUGCAAUCGUUUCUUUCCUACCCUCCCAAGAAGCCACAAGGACACCUAUUCUUCUCCAAAAAUGGUCAAAGAUAUGGCAAUCUGAAGAAAACAUCGACUUCAAUGAAAACUUCUUUGUGGAUUCAACUUCUGAUGAAAACAAACAAGAACAAAGAAAAGUUUUCAUCAACUUUAUUACGAGUUGGAUCGCACACUUUCCUAGCCGCGCCAUUAACAGGUUUUCUCUCACGGUUUCGAAUCCUCAAACUUGUGGGGAAACAAUUGAGCGUUGUGUUGCUUUCACGAUACAACGGGGAGUGAAAGAGUUAAUUCUUGAUUUCCCGGAUCCAAAAUGGGAAGAUAAUGAUUUUGAUGGUAAACAUGCGUUGUUUCAAUUGCCAACGCAUGUUUAUCAACUCGGAUUGUCGCUUGAAUCACUAAAACUGUAUUCUUGUGGUUUCGAUGCGCAAGAUUUUCUUAACUUUGGUGCACUCAAAGACUUAUCUUUGGGUUGGAUUGAAGUUAAAAUCAAAACCCUAAAAAAAUUGUUAUCAAUUUGUAGGACGAUUGAAAGUUUGAAUCUUAAGAAAUGCUGGAAUUUGGCGAACUUUGAUUUGGGAGAUGAACCACUUGGAUUAACAAGAUUGGUGGUAAACAAGUGUGAUUCUGAGUAUUUCAUAUUUAAUGCACCAAAUCUGAAAUACUUCAAAUAUUCUGGAGUUGUGUUUACUUCAGAUAUUAAUGUUAGGGCUAUAGAAGAGGUAGACAUUGAUUUUUCUCAAGAAUCAGAAUUCAAUGAACGUGGCAACGAACUCUGCCAAAUCCUUCAUGAUUUCUCCGCCGCCAAUAUUCUAACUGUUUGCAGUUAUCUACUUCAGGUCGUUCCAUCUGGAGAUGAACCGGUGAAGAUGCAAAGUGCUUUGAAUGUAAAACAUUUGACUCUAAAGACUAAAAUGCAUUCAUAUGAGCUUUGUGGAUUUGAAUUCAUGCUCAACAGUUGCCCAUUGCUUGAAAAACUCAUAUUGGACAUAAGUCCACAACUUAUAUUUGAGGACUAUACACUUCCCUAUCAAGUAGACCUUAAGAAAUUUUGGCAAACUCGUCGAGUGUUUCCUGAAUGCUUGAAAAAUAGUUUGAAGGUGGUAGAAGUAAUUGGAUUGAGAGCCACAAACGAAGAACUUAUGACUUGUUGCUUUCUUAUGCAAGGAAAAGUUUUGGAACAGAUUAAUAUUAAGUUGUGGAAUGAAGAUGAUGGUAAAGAAGAAUUUCGACGUGGAUCUGCACAACUUUUAGUCAAAGCUCAAAAGGGUUCAAAGAAUUUGCAAAUAUCAAUUGAUUGA